AUGCAGAUGACCGAAUGUUGCCCCUGCAACACCAUAACGUGUCGUGUGUGUGUGUGUACGCUCGUGCGUCUCUCUCUCUCUCUCUCUCUCGAUCAGUGGGCGACUCGAAACUCGAUCGUGCUUCUCUCUCUCUCUCUUUUCGGCUCUGGAAGCGAGACCGGUUCUGCUUCCUUGCUCAUCGCAGCGUGCAUGCAGUCCCUCUCUCUCUCUCUCUGUGCCUCUCUCUUCUUCCUGUCGUCAUCGCUGGGACGACACCACCACCCCCGACCCGCGCCAUUGCUACGCAACAAGCAAGUCCUCGAGUUGUGUCGGUCACUCAGACGAGGAAGCGUGCGUGCAGCCUCGCAGAUAGGGCCACCUCGGUCACAGACAGGCUCGGUCUGCCGUUUUGGAACGGCUCUGCCCUCGUCUCACAACCAGUCGAGCUCGACCAGCACCAUCAACCUUGACCUGCGGCUGGAGCAAAGCGCUGACACUGUGGUUGACCUGAGCAGCCUGCCUCUCAACGUCACUUUUCUGCUGCCCUCCUGCAGCUACUUUCGCUUUGACAACACCUCCUUUAUUCCCCAUCUCGCCUUUCAGCCUACCACGCUGCCCAACACCUGGACCUGGCUCUCCACCGGUGCCAUCCGCCUCCAGCUCGUCGACCCUGGCAUCGUCAAUCCUGAACCCAAUGCAUCCCUGGUCCUUGUCCUAUAUACCCUCAACCCGGCCUCCGUCGCCAGCUCCUGCCCCGAAUGCGAUGCUGAUCCAGCCGCCUGCGACGCCGCUCUGCGAGCCACGAGCGUCACCAUCCGUCUACAAAAUGUUUUGACGCCCGAUCCCACCCCAGACGCCAAUGCCCUUGUCAAUGCUUCCUGUCUCAACGCCUCAGACUCCGUCACGUGCCCACUCUGCCCCCCAGGUCGAUAUACCCCUGACCUUCAGACUUGCAUAGCCGGCUCCCCGUGCCCCGCCGGCACCGAGCCAUAUCUCCCCGCCUCUCAGCAAGCAGAUACCAUUUGCCAGCCUUGUGUGCCCGGCUUCUCAGCCUCCCCCGACCUCGAUUCACCCUGUGUUCUUCUCGCUCCAUGUCUUGCAAGCACCGAAAGCUUUGCAUUUGACCCCAGUGCACCAGUCAACGACCCUGUCGCGGCCCAGGAUGCCGUCUGUCAUAGCCGGCCUGACCGGCUUCCUGACCUCGACGUCCAGAUCCUGGGUCGUGGCGCUCAUCCCGUGCUUGCAAGUGGCAACACGCAGGCCCCCCAUGCCCUCGUAGCUCGAAUAGCCAUGCUCGCGUCCCUCCCUAGCGCCUUGCCCGUGGCCUUCAACAUCACCGUCGACAGCUCCGCCGGCGACCGUCUCUACACGGUCCUCCUGCCCCAAGAGCCAUCCCCCUUUACCCCAUUCAGCGUUCCUCUGUGGCCCAAUGCCACCAUACACAUACGCGCGGUCCUUGAUGACGAUGCACCUCCAAUUCCCGCACCCAUCACAACCCUGGUCGAGAGUGACCUGAACGCCGCCCCAGCGGGCAAUCUGACUUUUGACCACGGGUCCGUGAGUCGCGUCCUGCUCACCGUUGAUAACUGCUCCACUCUGGCCAACGCCUCAUACACCCUUGAGCUGGAGAGCCUUCACACCUCAACCGUUCUUGAAGUGCCCCUCAACGCAAACCCGUGCAACGUGGCUCGUAAGUUCGUAGCCCCUACCCUGGCUGACCAUAGCUAUUGGGUGCGCCUCGUCGCCACUCGCCUCGCCGCCCCCGACAACGAUGACCCCAGUUCGACCACCAACCCCGACCCCAACGCCACCAGCACCACCACCCCGGUCCCAUCUACUUCAGUCGUGGAGGUUGUUGGCGCGCAGUACUUUCGGCCCUCGACGUCGCUGGCAGCACGGCUCGCGACCUUCAACUGGUCUCUGGACUUGACACCGGUCCUGCCCCUCUCCACGUCGGGACAAGCCGUUGUGGGCUGGGACCUGUCGCUCCUGACGGGCAACUUGUACAACGACCAAUGCCGUGCCAUGCGCACCACCCUCCAAGCCACGCGCCUGGACGCUGAUGGCGGCUCUGAGGAGGACACUAUGACUUUGGCGGCACUCACUCAGCAGACCUGCCACGAUCUCCUACGCCCCCGCGCCAUCACCUUUGGUGUUGAAUCAAGUGCUACCUAUGCCAUCACCGCCACCAUAACGCUAAACGAAUCCUCCGUCGUGAACGACAGUGCCACUCUUGAGACCCUUCUUUCCGCUGCCCCAGCCGUCUCAAACGUAGUCCUUAGCACCACAACAACCACAGCCACCAUCACUUGGUCAUUGGCCAGCGAUGACAACCGUGCCCGCGCCAUCGACCUCAGCUACACUUCCUCCCAAAGCAACAAUGCAGGUACCCUGACUCUGCCCACCAGCGCUAACAACCUGACCCUGACUCAACUUUGGCCAAAUGAAACGGUGACCAUCACUUUGCAAACACGAGGCAAUUGCCUGGCAUGUGCAAGCACCCCGGUGGUAGUACGCGCCGCCACGCAGCCCAUGCCGAACCUCGUUGUGACGGACAUUGUCGCCACCAACGUUACGUUCGACGCUAUCGCUCUUGCCUGGCAACCACCCAGCCUCAAUGAGGAAGAUGGUGUGGAACAUGCAUACCUUCGCUUAACCGUGCGCACCAUGUUUUUCGAUUUUGUGGAAGAGCACGACAUUCCUCUCACGCAAACCGCUAGGAUCACGGCCGACCUUCUGUCCUUGCGCACCUACCGUUUCCAGUUUCAAGUGCUCAACACAACGUAUGGGGCGGGCGAGGUUGUUGAACAAAACUUUACGACCCUGCAAGAUCCACGCAUUCCUGCCUCCGUUGUCUUAGACCCUCUGAGAUAUCAGUUUGUUCGUGCGACCCAGGGGCGCCCAACUGCGAGCCAGACACAACUGCAGAUCAGUUGGACCACUGAAAAUAUCGUGGUGGGCAAUGCCACCUUUGUUCUGAACAUCACUAUCAACAAUGCUUCCACCUCUUCCAUCCGCGUGGUGGGUCAGGAGGCCUACACGCUUACGGUUGGCAGCGGGGUCUACGUGCGUGCUACCAUCGCCGUUGCCGGCAUCACCGCGACACAAGCAGUGCAGGUGCCCCCUGCGCCAACGCUCCUUCACAUCAACACAAAUGCCACCUGCACCGAACUGGAAUGUGGGCCGCGUGGUACCCACUUCCUGAUUGCCUCGCGGGAGGACGACCCUCUCAACUUUCUCUACCGAACCCUCAUGUGUGAUGCAAGCAACACCUUUUAUCUCUGCGACCUUGAAGAGUUCAGCUCGUACACGCUGUGGGCCUCAUACGCCGAUUCUCGCAGCAAUUCUUCCUUCUCCCUUCCUGUCGGCGUGGACACGGACGCGGCCAUUCCCAGUGCACCCCCGCUGAACGUGGCGGUUUCUGAGAUAACAGCCACCACAGCUCAACUGUCAUGGGAAUCACCGCCACCACUCACGCUCAACGGCAAGCUGCAAAGCUACCGUGUUGUCAUUACAAGCCCGGGCCUACCUGCUUCCUCACAGGACCCAACCACGACGAGCCUGAUGCUGACUGCCCUUCGGCCAUAUCGCGCAUACACGGUGACGGUGGCCGUUCAAAACAUCGAGGGUAUCGGCCCGGCAAGUAUGGGCGUCGUGUUCACAACAGCACAAGGACAAGCUUCCGCCGUUCGUUCCCUUGAGGCCGUCAACAUCACGUCGACGUCCAUCACCUUGACCUGGGCUCCUCCAGAGCUGCCCAAUGGCAUCGUGACCUCAUACAACGUCACGCGUGCCUUUGCCAACUCUGUGGGCGAAACGCUCACCAUCUCAGCCACGGGUUUGACGGCUACCAUCCCCGCCACCCCGUACACCGAGUAUGCGAUCGUGGUCGUGGCCAUCAACAGCGCCGGCGCCAGCUUGCCGAAUAACAUUGAAGUUCUUUCACUCUCGGCACCACCCACAGCCGUCUUGGCGGCCCCCGCCAUUGUUCGUCGUGGGUCACGAAAUGUCACGCUGUCGUUUUCCACGACGCCUCUGACGGGGGCUAUCAACGGCCCAGUGGCUUCGCUUGUGUACCUGAUUCAAGUCGCGCGCGUGGCCGAAGUGGAUGGCGAAACUGAGGAGAUUGUGACCUAUAACGCGACCGCCUCGCCCGUUACCGUGGAGGGCCUACGCCCCAAUCAAGUGUAUCAGACCUCGCUGCUUGUUAUGAAUGACGCUGGCUCGGGUCCCACGUCGGCAUUCAGUACCUUCCAAACCGCACCCGCCUUGCCGAGCGCGGCUCCUGUUAUCGUGACCAUCAACGCCAUCGAAAACAACCUGCUCGUCCGUUGGGAUGGCCUUGAUGCCCAAGACCAGAAUGGUCAGGUAUCGGCCUACUUCCUCAUCGUGACUCCGCAAUCUUUGCCCGAUCUGCCGCUCAAUCUCACAAUCCAAGCCGAUGGGGAUGCUGGUGUCACCGUUGUUCAAGGGCUCGAGUACAAUGAAUUUUACCUUGUUUCCAUUGCUGCCAUCAACCAAGUCGGCGUUGGACCUUUCUCCGAGCCAGUCAUAGCCCCGGAAACGCAGCGUAGCUCAGGCAAUGCGCCGCGAUUCGUUCGCGUUGCCAACAUCACUUCACGGGCGGCUUUGAUCGAGUGGCAGCCACCGACAGGAACAACGAGCUUGGGCGGAUAUGCACUGUAUGCCCAAGGCCCAUCCUUUCAAUUGGCCAACGGUACGGACCUCAAGUAUCCUCUCGGGGCCGUGGAUACACCGCAAGGUUUUGGCCUGGUCGUCGACGCAGACACCACGGCGUUCUGGGUGCAGGGUUUGGUUCCAGAUACCCAAUACCAGUUUUAUGUGAUUGCAUUCUCCCGCAGCGACGUCUUUUACGAUUCGUCUGCCAUUGUGGGUGGUUUCACGCUGGAGGAUCGUCCCACCCUUCCGUUGGACCUUCGCUUUCCCGCGACGUACUUGCAAGCCACCUCGCUGCAAUUCAGCUGGAAUCGGCCCGACCCAGACAACGGUGAAAUUACGGGUUAUCGUGUGUGCUACGCCAGGCGCACCAACGCCAGUGCCGGUUGCACCAUUCAGGAACUCGCCCAGCUCGAAUAUGUUUGUGCCGACACGAUUUUCACAGCCUAUGCAGCCUCGGGGUUGAUGGCCUAUUCCAACUAUAUUUUUGGCGUUGAAGCAUACACGGAAAUUGGGUCGAGCAGCUUUGCCGUCUCCUGCGUACGCACAGCCGUUAGCGCCCCCAUCGAGGCGCCCUCGGUACAAGUCACUAGCCUCGGGAGUAAUGGCUUUACAGUUGGACUAUAUGCGCCGGUCACGCGCACGGGACCGAUUGUGCGCUAUCGCUUCAACUACGAGUGGACGAGUACGAUUCGCACGCUUUGCCCUGAUGGACAGGCCGCGAGACAAUGUGUAGUCGACAUUGUGGUGGAUGCUGAUGACAGCGAAGUGGGCCAGCUAAGCGUUGCCAACCUGGAGCCCAAUGCUGAAUAUCGCUUGUAUGCACGUGCAUACACUGAGCGUAACGGGGCACUGCUGGCUGGACCGGCGUCGACGCCAAUUCUCGUUACGACUCUGCCGAGCCGCCCGGGUGAGGCCGUACAAGAUCUUGGCAAUCGCACUACGAUAAAUGCCACCUCGUUGGUCACCAGUUGGCGGCCACCAUACUUUCCCAAUGGCGAGAUUGUAGAAUACAAUGUCUCGUGGGUGCAGAGUAGCGAGUGUGGUGAUGCAGAGAAUAACACGCUUCUGCAGAGCUUUUUCCCGCACCCCGCCGAUGCAGCUCAGCCUGUGGCUGUUGAGGACCGUAGUAUCACGGGAACUGAGCUCGUUGCUUGGCAAGAUGGUGGCCUGGUCAACUUCACCAUUCCCGAUUUGCUUCCAUACACUCUCACCUCGAUCUGGGUGGCAGCCGCCACCGUUGUGGGCUACGGGCCCACCUCUGAUCCGCUGUGCAUACGAACGGCCGAGGCCCCAGCUCAGCCAGUGACGGCCACCCGCAUCGUCUCAGUUGGCACUGAUAACCUGGCCUUGACCUGGCAGUCUCCACAGCGCAUCAAUGGCGAGCUACUCAAUUACGAGCUUUACGCCUGUCCCCUGUCGGAUCGCGGGGCCGCAACUGCUGCUGCACAAUCCAAUGCCUGCGCGGAUGCCGUCUCCACCACCACCUCAACGACGAGCACCACGUCAUCAUCCUCUACUACAACUACGUCCACGACCCCCACGACCCCCACAACUUCCACCUCAACGACGAGCAGCACCGCCAAUGGCGGCUCCACAAGCAACAUUCAGCCCGGCACUGAGGACGUCGACGCGAGCCAGGGAUCCACGCUGACAGCGCAGCCGGCAAGUUCGAUUGCUACGUCGUCAACGAGCACUUCGUCCACCUCAUCCACCUCAUCCACCACCCGCUCCACUACGAGCAGCACGAGCCCGACAAGCGUGAGCUCGGGUGUGAGCACGGUCCCCACGCUGAGUACGGUUCCAAGCGGCAGCACAAGCGUGGGCACCACCACAACUUCCACACCAACCGCACCACCGGACCCUACCCUCUGCCGCGCACCCUUGCCCAGCUGCGCGCGUACGCCCGUUCUUGUGACUGCACCUGCAGGUACAGCACAAGCUCAGCUGACUGGACUGCAUCCCAACACACUCUAUGCUGUUGGGGUGCGGGCGAUCAACAACGCCGGCGCUGGUGCUUUGCAAUUCGCUCUGCGCGUGGUUCUGACGGCGACAGACAUUCCUGCAGUGGCACCAGUGCAGCCGAAUGUAUCUGACCUCUCCACCUCUGGCAGUGCAACAGAUAGCACCCGCUCAGCACAGCUGUCUUGGGCCCCUCUUUCGCCCACCGACGCCAAUGGCGAGGUGACGUAUGAGGUCGUCGUCGAGCGGGUAGGGCGCACUUAUAACACCGGCACCAUCGCUGCUCGAAACGCCGCUGCCGGCCCUGACGAGCCAGACGCUGAAGUUGACAGUGCUGCCAUAGCUGAUCAGGCUGUUGCUACACAACCUUUGAUGAAUCGGCGACGGCGACAGGAGCAAGGGACCUUUACAACGACGACCCCGCAAUUGCUGCUCGACGAGCUCUUGCCAGCUGCCUUGUAUAAUGUAACCAUUGCUGCACGAACCAGUGCGGGUCGCGGGCCGCGCAGUGCGCCCAUCACAUUCAAUACGACCGAAGGUAUUCCCUUUGACGCGCCUACGGUCUCUGCGUUUGAGACGGCCGAUGGGGUUCGUAUCAGCUGGGACCCGCCAUCGCAACCCAACGGCCAAAUCGUGUCCUACAUUUUGUGGACGAGCGUGGACGGUGAAGAGGCGAGCUCCCAGCUCCUGACGGCGCGCAUGUAUGACCUCAGUUUGGAUAAGGAACGCAGCGUUUCAUACGAAUUUCGCGUCGCUGCCAACACAGCAGCAGGUCGAGGCCCUGCGAGUGACACAGAGGCCGUUACAAUCGCUGCCAGCAGUAGUGGCCAGGGUGAUUCGGGCUCCGACGUCAUUGUCGGUAUUGUAAUCCCCGUAGUCGUGGUCUUGAUCAUUCUCGCCGUGCUUCUGGUGUACCAAGAGCGACGGCGUGCUCGCCGCCAGGUCGAUAAAAUUCUGGCCGAACAAGCCGUGCUGGGCGAGAAACCGUACAACUUUAAGAACUUGCAUCAAGAUCUGAUGGAAGAGAAUUCCAAUGAGGAUGACGAAGAGUUGUACGGGCACAUCCAUCGCAACAAGCAACCCUACGAGCUGCCCUCGCGCUCUCUGGUCCUCGACAAAAUUCUGGGCUCUGGUGCAUUUGGAGAGGUCUGGCUCGCGACGCUCGAUCCAACCCAGCUGCCUUCCAAGUCAACCGCAGGCGUGGAUCCGCCACUCAAGGGAAAGACACCCAUCAAAGUAGCUGUCAAGAUGCUCAAGAAGACAGCUGAUCGUCGAGAGGCCAUUAACUUGCUGGCAGAGGCGUCUUUGCAAGCCCAAUUUGAUCACCCCAACGUUUUGACCCUUUUGGGGGCAGUGACGAUCAAGAGUCCUGUGCUCGUGAUGCCUUUCUGCCCCAACGGAUCGCUUGAACUGUACCUGCGCCGCGAGGAUGCCAAUGAAUCCUGGUUUCCCUUUUUCAUCCUGGACAUUGCGCGUGGCAUGAGCUACCUGGCUGACUUCAACUUUGUGCACCGAGAUAUUGCCGCUCGAAACAUUCUUUUGGAACACAACUUUAAUUGUGUCAUUUCGGACUUUGGAAUGUCCCGUGGCGUGGCCAACGCCGAUGACUACUACACGGCAAGUUCCGCCAAGGUUCCCAUCCGCUGGACGGCUCCCGAGGCCGUCGUGUCACGCAAGUUUUCUGAAGCAACCGAUGUCUGGAGCUUCGGUAUUACCAUGUGGGAGAUCUUCACCCACGGCGAACGACCGUAUGGCCCCAAGUCAAAUUUCCAGGUUCAAAUGGAGGUCUUGAAUGGGUACCGGUUGAGUCAACCAACCCGGUGCGAUGACGCGUUUUACUUGAUCAUGCGCUCGGGCUGGGACCCUGACCCACACAAGCGACCUGCCUUUAAGGAUAUCUACAACAUGCUCAAGGCGAUUAUUAUUUAUCGAGAGCUCAUGGACACGCGCAACGUUUCGGCCUCGUCAGAUUCCAAUGGCAACCCCAUGACCCGUCGCUUGACGCAAGUCGAUGAAACCACCAGUCGACCGCAGCCUGCCCUGCCGUUGAACUUGUCAACCAAACUCGAUACAUCUAGCCAGGUGUAG